CACGCCUAAUUCAAUGUGUGUAAAAAGCUAUUCCGCACUCGUUCAGAAUAAAGAUUUUUAAUGUUUAAUAUUUAGUGUGUUUUAAGAUUAUUUUAUUUUUAUGAAUUAAAACGAUAUUUUUAAAUACUUAUUAUUGUCUCAUAAUUACUAUGAAUCAUGGAAUGUUCUCAUUUAUUAGAUAACGUCAAGUUGUAUAGCGAACUCAGCAUUGAGGACACCACAAUCACAAAGAACUUCAAAUGUUCAGAAUGUUCAGUAACAGAACAGAAUUGGCUAUGCUUACAAUGUGGUAUUGUAAGCUGUGGCAGAUAUAUAAACGGACAUGCAAAGAAACAUUCAGAGACUUUUGACCAUCAAGUAUGCAUGAGUUGUGAUAUGUACUCAGUUUAUUGCUACAAGUGUGAUGAAUAUGUUUCAAAUGACACAGAAGAGCAUAUAAUUGACAAAAUUAGACAAAGCAUCAAGAGUGCUAGCAGCAAAGAAGAAGAUUGUGAUACUAACAAUGAUCAUAAUGAAGAUACUGAUGAAAGUGAAAAUAAUAUAACUAAUGAGUCAAAAGAUAAGUCACAAAAUGAACCUAGUGAAAAUACUACCCUGGAAUCUUCAGAUACUUGUAAUGUAGAUGCACAGUCAAGUAUAUCGGAGACCAGUGAAAGUAAAGUUAGAGUAUUAAAGAAUGUUGAAGAACCAGUACGUAGCUUACGCCCAAGGUCAAGGAAGCGAUCUCAUUCCAAUGAUAGUCACACAUCAGAGAACAGUAUGCAAUCCAGUAAGUCUAAAGAGAAAAAAGUAUCACCAAUUAACGGGAAAAGUCAUAGAGACAAAAAAAUUGUUGGCUUAAAGAAUUUAGGGAAUACAUGCUUCAUGAAUGCUGUAUUGCAAAGUUUGAAUAACAUACAGGAGUUUAGCUGCUACUUCAGUCAGUUGCCCUCUUUGGAGAUGAAGACCAAUGGGAGGAAGGUUUACCACUCCAGAAGCUAUACUCGGCAGGAGAUGCAUGACGUUAUUAUGGCUGAGGAGCUUAGAAAGGUGCUGAUAAAUCUCAACAACGGUGGAUGCGGUUCCAAAGGGGCCAUAUCUCCGGAAUGUCUUUUCCUCGUCAUCUGGAAGGUUGUGCCGAGGUUCAGGGGCUAUCAGCAACAGGAUGCGCACGAGUUUCUCAGAUAUAUGCUUGACAGGUUACACACGGAGUUGCUGCAACUAUUGCCUCCGGAUAAGGCGGAGGGGGGGUUUGUGCCGAAAGCGCCCUCUGCCUCUAUCGUUACUGCGGUAUUUGGAGGGACUCUGCAAAGUGAGGUUCGGUGUCUAGCAUGCGGCACGGAGAGUAAGAAGUUCGAUCCGUUUCUAGAUCUUUCUUUGGAACUACCGGAAGGCGGGCCGGUGUCGCUCGCCGACUGUUUGGCCAGCUUCGUACAGAUCGAAGAGCUAGCCGACACGGAGCGUUACUUUUGCAGUAGUUGUAAAUGUAAGCAGAAAUCAACCAAGCAGUUUUGGAUCCGGAGACUCCCCAAUGUGUUGUGUCUACAUCUGAAGCGGUUUAGAUGGAACAAUUAUUUUAGAACGAAAGUGGACACGACGAUCACGUUCCCGCUGAGCGCGCUGGACAUGUCGCGGUUCGUGCUCGCCAACGUGCCCGACACGCGCCGCUCCGGCCUCGGCAACUACCUGUACGACCUCGCCGCCGUCAUCGUGCAUCACGGCUCUGGCGCCGGCUCAGGCCACUACACCGCGUUCGCAAUAAACGAAGACCAAUGGUUCCACUUCAACGAUCAAACGGUUCGCGCCACGGACUCGUCCGCGGUCGCGACGUGCAAGCCCUACAUCAUGUUCUACAUUCGUCGCGAGUUCUCGCUCCCCACCGCUACGUGACCAUACAAAUACAGAUUAAAUAAAUAUUCCUAGUUUGACAGUAUUUUAUUAAAAAAAAAUUUGAAAAUCGAACAUCCGUUUUCGAUGUUUGAUGAUAUGCAACUUUUUGAAAUUCGUAUCACAUAUUCUAGAAUGUUUGAAACUACAAUAAUAAUAUGCGUCUCGCUACCCACCUUUAUUCAUGCCAACGUUAAAUAAAUGUAUCUUAAUUGUUCAUUGAUAAGUUUGCAGUACUUGUAAUACUAUAGUUGAUCUCAGUCAUAUCGCAAUCGCGUACUCUGACAUUUUCGGCAUAUCUGUCGCAUGAAAAUGUAAGGCGGUGACUAAAAUUGCUAAUUAUAUUUAAGUUUGUGAGAGAUGUUUCAUAUCUUUUACGACGAGCUUAGAAACGAAAAGUAUUUGAGCUGUUCGACUUUAUAUAGCUGUCUUAUAUAAAUAAUUAAAAUUUAUAAAUAGCAAAGCCACACAAAAUGUAUUGGGACAAAAUUGUUACAUAACCUGUACAUGAUAGUUGUAAUUAUGACAGUUCGAUAUUUAUAAACAUUUCAUGGAUGGAUUAAACACGUCUAAUGUAUAUCGUAUCAAACUUGUAGAACAAAAUAUACUUAAUUAGU